AUGGCAUACUCUGGGAGAGAGGCAACGCCCGGCACGCUGUCGGCCUUUCUUUCACUGUUCAUGAUAUUCGUGGCAUGCAUCAGUGUCCCCGCCAUUAAGAGUGUACAAUUUGUAAAAAUAGACGGCAACAACAACAGUACUGACUUUGUACUAGUUGGACUUUGGGGAUAUUGCGCUCAGGGUAACAAUGGGCGGAAUUUUGCAUGUUCCAAUUCUGCGCUGGGAUUUCUAUUCAAUGAAACAACAAUACUGACCAAAGAUGGUGUCAAUGUUACGGGAGCGACUUUAAAAGUCUCUUCACAUGCAUCUGGAUAUGCGUCGUUGGUUCAUUUUCCAGCAAUGAUUAUGGCAUUUCUCACAACAGCAAUUGGAGCAUGUGGUCACUUUAGGGAUAAAAGGAACGGAGGCUAUCUACGAAUAGCCUUUCGCACUGCCAUAGCGGCAGCAGUAGUAGUGCUCUUCGCCAUGGUUACUGACUACUUGACCUAUCGCAAUGUAGUCCAGAAUGUUGCCGAGAAUUUUGGGAAUCAAUUCACUGCCAAAUACUCUAACGGCCUCUACAUGAUGGUUGCAAGCGUUAUUUUUAUGGUAAUAGCAAUCAUUGCAUUCUACGUAGGUCAUCGUGUGAAUGCACAUAUUAGACAACAGAAAUUAGAUCUCUUGCAUAACAAAGAGAUGAGCGGCGAAGCGUAUGAGGAACGUAGACGUGAAGAAGAGUAUAAGGCCAAGCUAGCUUUUGCAAGUAAACCGGUGGAGCAGUACGCUGUGUAUGAGGAAGUAGUUGAAGAGCCAGUUCAACAUCGGAAGCAGACUUUACCUUUUGAACAAGGCUAUAAUUCAUCUAGCCGAUCUCUUCCGCCAGAGACGUAUCCAUUGAUGCCUAUACAAACUCAAGGAAUGGGGAAUCGUGCGAAUGACAAUAGAUAUCAAACACCACCGUUGCCACAGUCAACAAACACAUCACCGAUAACACCUAAUGGAUAUGGAUAUCCACAACAGUUAGCACAACCAGGACUGAACCAACCGCCAUAUCCGCCUCUCUCGCGAACUCCAUCUCCAGCGAGACAACCAUCUCCAGCGAGACAGCCAUCUCCAGUGAGACAACCAUCUCCCGCAAGACAACCGUCUCCGUCGCCAUCUGGUAGUUAUUAUCCCCCUUCUCCAUCGAGUCAUUACCCUCCUUCCCCGUCAUCAACUACCCCACGUUAUAAUCCAUCUGGAUUGUAUCCAUCUUCAGCAAAUUCUUAUCAACCUCCUCCCGAGCGGGAUUAUUAUCCUUCGUCAGCAACAGGAUAUCCAGUAGGAGAACCGCAACAUCUGCAACCACAACAGGGAUAUUAUCAGGAUCAUUUGAGAGGAAGAAGUGAGCCUAUUGCCGCAUGGCAUUAA